CCCUGUAUCGCAGCACACCGCUUCAUCACUCAGCACAACAGAGUUCAUCUGUCACACUCUCAUCUGGUUCGAUCGCACCGAAGUGCUAGCUCGAUCGAUCGAUCAUCAGCCAGAUAGUCAGCUAGACGCUUCGGGUCCAAGCUCAUUGCAAAUGGCCGCCGUCGAGGUUCAGGUCGCCACGCACGCGAUGCCCGCCGCCGAGGAGGCUCCGGCGGUGGUGGCGGUGGAGGAAGUCCAGCCGGUUGUUGAAGCUGCUGCUGCCGUGGAGGAGGUGGCCGUGAAGGAGGAAGCUGUUGCGCCGGCCGUGGCCGAGACCAAAGUGGUGGAGCCCGAGGCGGCGGCAGCACCGGCGGCCGAGCCAACGGAGACCGAAGUGGUGGAGGAGGCAACGCCGGUGGCUGAGCCAGCCGUGGCCGAGGCCGAGGCAGCUCCAGCCGAGGCCACGGAGGAGACCACCAAGGAGGCGGAGCCAGAGGCUGCAGCUCCGGUGGAGAUCGAGACCAGGGAACCAGAGCCAGAGGCUGUAGUAGCUCCGGCGGAGGCCGAGACCAAAGAAGCAGAGGCGCCGGCCGCUGUCGAGACCGAAGAGGCCGUAGAGGCGCCGGCGCCGGUGGUGGCAGAGACACCGGCCAAGGAGGAGGAGGCAGCGCCUGCAGCUGCAGUGCCGGAGGAAGCAGCAGCAGCAACCGAGGCGCCGGUGGAGGCCGAGGCGGCCGUGCCCGUCGAGGCGGCUGAGGAAGAGGCACCGGCGGUUGCCGCUGAGGCCAAGGAGCCGGAGGCAGCUGCGGAGACACCGGUCGAGGCCGAAGCAGCUGCGCCAGUCGAGGUGCCGGCGGCGGCCGCUGACGAGGCCGACAAGGCCACCGAGUGAUCCAGUGGAUUCGCGGGCCACAAUCUACCUACAUAUUCUAGCCGUACGUGUACGUGUUGAUGUGUCGUGUAUUCCGUUCAGUCGUCGUCGUCUCGGUCUUGCCGGCAGUCCGUAUGUCAUCUGCGAGGUCGUGGGGUUCGUCAAUAAUGUGUCCGUGCGGCUGUCCCGGGUCCCGCUUGUCAGUGCUGGCGUGGCAAUCGCUGGCUUCGGCAGGGGAGUCGGAGCCCGUAGUUGUACACGUUUGUCAUUUUUCUUCUUCUUUCUACUGCUGCUUUGUCCGCGUUGGGUUAAUAUGUGUGUAGCUAUUGUAUUCUCCUGUUGUACUGAAGAAAAUAAUCUUGUACUCCUACGUA